AUGGGCCAUGGAUAUGUGGGUCCUUCAUACCAUUCUCUGCGUGUUGGGUUGUUGCGUGAUGCUAAACUACAGGUUUCUUUGAUCAUUGAUAAUUUUAGAAGUACUUGGGCUGAUAGUGGCUGUACUCUUAUGGGAGAUGGAUGGAAGGAUGCAAGACAAAGACCGCUGAUUAAUUUUUUAGUUUAUUGUCCUAAAGGAAUUACAUUUCUUAAGUCGGUUGAUGCUUCUGAUAUCUAUGAGAGUGCUGAGAAUUUAUGCAACUUGUUUGCUGAUGUUAUGGAUAUGGUCGGUCCAGAUAACGUAGUUCAUCUAGUGACAGAUAAUGCACCCAACUACAAAGCCGUAAGAAAGCACCUUGUUGAAAAGUUUCCUAUAGUUGCUUGGUCUCCAUGUGCAGCUCAUUGUAUCAAUCUGAUUUUGGAAGAUGUAUCAGAGCUACCUGCGGUUCAAAAUUUAGUGCAACGUAUGUCUAAAGUAACCAUCUUUAUAUACAACCAUAAGUCAACUUUAAAUUGGGUGAGAAAAAGACCUGGGUGGAGAGAGAUCAUUCGUCCUGGAGAAACACGUUUUGCUACAACUUUCAUUGCUCUGCAGAGUCUAUAUGAGCAUAAAGGAGAUUUGCAAGCUUUGGUUAUAAGUACAGAUUCAGAAUUCAAACAGCUUUUUAAAACAGCUAAAGCAAAGAAGGUUAAAACGAUUGUCUUAAAUGAGCGAAUGUGGACUGAUUGCUUGAUAAUUGUCAAGAUUAUGCCUCCUAUCAUACGUCUGUUGCGGAUUUGUGAUGCUGAUGAGAAGCCUUCUUUACCAUAUGUGUACGAAGGGAUGUAUCGAGCAAGAUUAGGCAUUAAAAAUAUGUUUCAGAAGAAGGACGUUUUAUACAAACCUUAUACAACCAUCAUUGAUCAAAGAUGGGAUCGUAUGUUGCGUAAUGAUCUUCAUGCUGCAACAUAUUAUUUGAAUCCGGCUUUCAUGUACGAGAAAAAUACAUUUUGUGAGAAUCCUGAGAUUCCAAGAGGGUUGUUGAAUUUAUUUGAAAAGCAAAAGGACGAGACAAAGCUCUUUCAAGAGGUUAGGUUUUUAUAG